AUGAGAAAGUCGCCGGCCGUCUCGACCCUCGGGAGCCCGUCCCCGCUAUCGCCGCUGAACCCGAACCAGAAGAAUUACGUCGAGCUGGGCGAGAUGAAGCGAGACGACGGCCGUGGCUACCGCUCCGGCCAAGUUGGCGACGAGCCUCCCACCCCUCUCACCCCAGAGCUGCCGCCGCGCCCGCCUCCUGCCUCAAGCGGCCUUACCGAUGCCGUCAACAGCUGGUGGCUCUUUGAGCUUCUUGCUUGGAUCAUCAGCGCCAUUGCCAUGGCCGUUCUCGUCGUCACUUUGAUCCUCACCGACGGCCGCCCGCUUCCCCACUGGCCCAUGCGCAUCACCCUCAACUCGUUCAUCUCCAUCCUGGCCACCAUCAUCAAGGCCGCCAUGGUUGUUCCCAUUGCCGAGGGAAUCAGCCAGCUGAAAUGGCUGUGGUUCAAGAAGGCCGGCGUUCUCAAGGACAUCCAAACCUUUGACGAGGCCAGUCGAGGAAUGUGGGGCAGUUUGAAGUUGCUCUUGGGUACCAGAGGCGUCCACCUCGCAAAGCUCGGAGCCUUUCUUACCGUCUUCAGCUUGGCGCUCGAUCCCUUCAUUCAACAAAUCGUCACUUACCCCAUCGACAUGGUUCCGUCCGAUACCAAUUCGACCAUUCCUAUUGCGCACAGCUACAGUGACUACGCCUUUGGCGGGAUGAUGGGCCUCAAGAACCCAUCCCUGUCCAUGAAAGCCGCCAUCUCGUCUGGCCUCUACGACACCAACGAUGACCCUCUCGCUGACUUUGACGUCACCCCUUACUGUCCCACUGGCAAUUGCACCUGGACAGACACCUAUCAGUCAUUGGCCGUCUGCUCCAAGUGUGCCAACAUCACCGAGAGCCUGACGUCCAACUGUGAAGAUUUCGGCCUGACUGAGGUCUGCAACCAUACCUUGCCAAACAAUUUCACCUUGCAGACAGGCUUUCUGCCCAUGGUCUACAUCAACACCACCGGAGCCGCCGAUUCCAUCAACUUCAACGACACCCAAGCCACCCUUAGCACUCUGACCACCAUCCGCUCUCUUCACGAUGCCUCAUCAAUCAAGGCCUUCGGUGCCAUAGCCAUGGAGUGCGUCCUGUACGCCUGCGUGAACGAGUAUCAAGCAGUCGUGAAGAACGGCACCUUCACCGAGACAGUCGUCGCCACCUACAGCAACAGCACGCAGCCCGGCACACAGGACAACAUGACAAUCACGCCCGAAAACACGGGCCAGCCCUUCGUCAUCGAGAGCUUCGCCUGGAACGCCAUCGAGCAGUACCUGGGCACCUUCUGGACCGGCAACGUCACGGGCUCGACGGGCGAGUCCAGCCCGACGUCGGACGCCGUCGACGCCAUCUACCAGCUCGGCGAGAACGCGCACGGCGGCGAGAACCUGACCAUGGCCUCGCUCGCCAAGUCGAUGACGUACCUGCUGCGCACCCAGAACAAGAAGCCGAGGAACACCGUCGCCAACGUCCCGGGCCCGGACCGCCACGUCGGCGUCGCCAAGGGCGUGGCCUGGACGACGCAGACGUACGUGCACGUGCGGUGGAUGUGGUUCAUCUUCCCGGCCGUCCUCGAGGGCCUGACGCUCGUCUUCCUGCUCGGCACCAUCCUCAUGAGCCAGGCGAGCGGCGUCGCCGUGUGGAAGAGCUCCACGCUGGCCCUGCUGCAGAUCCGCAUGGUCGACGACGAGAGGCAAGGCGGUGGCAGUACGGCGGGGCGGCUGAGGGAGUGGGGCAGCGGCCGGUUGGGCGAUCUGAACGAGUGGGCGAACAAGUCGGAGGUGCGGCUGCAUCGGAGCGAGACGGGGACCGAGUUCCAUUUGCACCGGAAAAUCGCCUUGCAUCCGGUGCUUGAUGGGAGGGCGGCGGGGAUGGUGGUGGAGGAGCUGGCGAGGUGUUUGGGGGAUGAUGAUGGGGCUGGGGAUGAUCGAGUGCGGGAGGGGUGGGAGGUGGGAGGGCGGGUUGGGGCGGCUGGUGUUGACGACAGCGGCGAUGAGGGGGAAACGGGUGAUGGGAUCAACGACAGUGACGACGACCACCACGACCACGAUACGGACACUGUCCCAGAAUCCGAUUUCUCGGUCCCUCACCCCACACCUCCCGGCACCAGCGGUGGAAAAUCCACCGCCCGCAUCCUGACCAUCCGCGCCUCGACCCUCGCGGACCUCAAAGCCGCUGCCACUGCCACAUUGCAGGCGACAGGCCCGCCCGGCGCCUUCGUAUCGACCCAAGACGUGCUCAGCGCGCUUUUCUGGACACGCAUCAUGCAGGCGUGGGCGCCGCGUCUCCUUUCCUCCAAGAAACAGCGUCGACCUGCAGGGCGCGACCCGGACCAGCGCGAAGCAGGAGAAGUGUUGGUCAACACCAUCACGUACACGUUGUGGAUAAUAAUCGUAAUUUCGCCUCGCCAAUCUACCAACAGUACAUAUUAUUAG